CCCAGGAGGACCCGGGUGAACCCAAGCCCGUGGGUUCCCAAAAACGGGGCCCACGGGUUAGCAAGCAUUUAAAAACAAUAAAAAAACAAUAUUUUUAAUCGUCUAAUUACAUCUAAACCCUAAUCCGCCCCUCUAUGAUGCAUUUCAUGCAUCAAAACAUGCAUUCAACCUAUUCUACUUGCAUUUUUGAAGAUUUUUUCUCUACAAUCAGGGUUCUUAGUUUUUGUAUUUUUCUUCGAAGGUGACGACUACGAAGGUGUGAGACACGCAUCAAAGGCAUAGGAAUCACUGGAGAAGAAAGAUUUAGCCAUUAAAGGUGCACUAUUCAUAUAAUCAUACAUAAUGGCUGGAACUAGAAGUGCAAGUGCAAGCUCUAGUUCAGUUGCAAAUGUCCGAAAUGAAAAUACCCCCUUUAAAAUUGAUCAAGAUUCACCACUUUGGCAUUAUACAACAAUGAUCAAGCCAGUGUCUGGUGGUGGGGGUUUUGUUUGGCAAUGCAACCAUUGUGGCACUGAGUAUACCAGCUCAUACUAUCGAGUGAAAGGCCACCUUUGUUUCAUCCCUGGGCGUGGAAUAAAAUUUUGUAAGGGAUCAGAUGGCAAGGGGCUGUCAAAAGCUCUAGUUUUGGGAUAUAUUAGAGAACAAGAGGAAGCUGAUAGGAGAAGUAGCAAAGCAAAGACUGAUCAUCCUCUUGUCCAUCAAAGCUCAAUGUCUAAGAGGCCUUCUAGUAGCAUUGGCUCCACAAGACCAGCUGGUUCACAUCCUUUCAUGCAAAACCCACCAGUUGAUGCAGUAGAGAAUCAGAAUGUUGUGGCUUCACGGAAAAGAGGCCCAUUGGAUUUUGCCUUCAAAAAUGAACUGAGAGAGAUUGCAGAUUCCAAAAUUGGACGUUGCCUUUAUGGCAAUGGGCUUCCUUUCAACCUUGUUAGAUCACCUUACUUUCGGGACAUGGUGCAUACUCUUUGCAAUACACCUUCUGAUUAUGUUUGUUCAGGGUAUGAAAAGGUGAGAACCACCUUAUUGGCAAAGGAGAAAGCAUCCAUAGAGUCACAGUUGAAGGUCAUCAAAGAUACAUGGCAGGAAACAGGUGUGACCAUUGUUUCUGAUGGAUGGAAAGAUUGUAAAAAUAGGCCAUUGAUCAAUGUUAUAGCAGUGUGUCCUAAAGGGGCAAUGUUUUUGAAAGCAGUGGAUUGUGAGGGACAAGUGAAAGAUGCAAGUUUCAUUGCCAAUAUCUUGAUAGAAUGCAUUGACAUGGUGGGGCCUCAAAAUGUUGUCCAAGUUGUAACUGACAAUGCUAAAAAUUGUAGGGCAGCAGGGACUAUAGUGGAGGCUACACAUGGUCCCAUCUUUUGGACACCAUGCACAGUACACUCACUCAAUUUAAUCAUGCAAAAGCUUGGCACACAAAUUGAUUGGGUGAAAAAACUAUAUGCGAAGGGCGAGGAGAUUCAAAUGUUUGUGACUAAUCAUCAUAUGUCACAAGCCAUUUUCAGGACCUUCUCCAAGUUGGAGUUGUUGAAGGUUGCUGAAACACGAUUUGCAUCUCACACGCUCGUCUUAAGACGACUUCUGAAGGUGCGAGACGCCUUGAGUUCUAUGGUCAUCAACAGCUUGUGGAGUGUAUGGAAACAGUCCCACACAGAAAGAGCUCUAAAAGUAAGAGCAUUGAUCCUUAGUGAGAAAUGGUGGGAUGAUGUGGAAUAUGUUUUGAAUUUCACUGAGCCCAUCAUGAGCAUGAUCAGGUAUGCUGAUACUGAUCGCCCAUGUUUGGGCGAGAUUUAUGAUGGCAUGGAUUGCAUGGUGGAAAAAAUAAAAGAAGUAAUAAAUAGAAAAGAAAAUGACCCAACGGAAACAUUUUUCAAAGUUGUGCAGAAAAUUGUUGUUGACCGUUGGAACAAGAUGACCACCCCCUUACAUCUCUUAGCAUUUGCUUUGACGCCAAAAUUUUAUAGUGCAGAGAUGCUUGCAACACCAAGGAGGGUGCCACCAUAUAGAGAUGCAGAGGUUGCUUCUGGCUAUAGGGCUGCCUUUAAAAAGAUAUAUCAAGAUGAGGAGACAAGAAAUAUUGUCAUGAGGGAGUUUGGCCAAUUUGUAUCUGCAAAAAAUCAUGAUGUUGUAGCUGUUAAUGCUAGAUAUGGGAUGGAUGCUGAUGAGUGGUGGUAUGUACAUGGUCAAGGCUCCAUUUACUUGCAGCCUCUUGCAAUUAAACUUAACUCCCAAGUUGCAAGUUCUUCUUCAGCUGAGCAGAAUUGGAGUACAUACUCCUUCAUCCACUCAGUCAAACGUAAUCGUUUGGAUGCAAAGAAAGCUGAGGAUUUGGUCUACGUACACUCCAACCUUCGUUUGUUGUCACAUAAGGACCCUGAAUAUAGUGAGGGUGUAACAAGGAAUUGGGAUCUAGCCCCUGAGUGUGCUGAUUUAUAUGCUACAGUUGCACAACUUUGCCAAGUCUCUAUAGACGAGGCGGUUAUGGAAUUUGAGAGAGACAUAGCUAGUGGGAGUGGCAUUCCAUUUGAUAUUGGUUCAAUUGAUGCUGAAUUUGAACCACUUGAUGACCGUGGGCUUGGGUUGGAUGCUUCAGAUGAAGAUGAAUAUGGAAUUUAAAUCCCAUAGAUGGCUUGUAAUUUGAAUGUUUAACUUUAUACUUUAUUGUGUCAUGACAUUUUCACAUUUUGAAACUUGAAACUUGAAUAUUAUCUUUUUUGCAAAUUAUGAAUAUGA